CGCCGCCGCCGCCGCCGCCGCCCCGCGCCCGGCGCAGCAGCAGCGCCGGCAGCUCGGACGGCUCGGAGCGCGAGGAUGCCUCGUCCGCAGACUUCAACUACGGCACGGAGGAAUACGAUGCCGAGGGCAACCAGGAAGUCAGAGUUCGGCCCGGCAGCUCUGAGACUAUGCCGUACAUUGACGAGUCGCCCACCAUGUCCCCCCAGCUCGGUGCCCGCAAUCCGGAGGGCGACAACGUGGGAGGGACCUCCCACGGCGUCUCCCCCACCCCCGCAGAUGGACUGGGCACGGUGGGCGAACAAGAUGCUGGAAAAGGCGUGGACAUGCGGAGGCUGGUCCUCAAGGACUUCUUGGCCAGCGAGGAGAUGUACAUAAACCAGCUCGAGGCGCUGCUGUUGCCGAUGAAGCCGCUGAGGGCCACAGCCACCACCUCCCAGCCCGUCCUCACCAUCCAGCAGAUAGAGACCAUUUUCUACAAAAUCCAGGACAUUUACGAGAUCCACAAGGACGUCUACGACAGCCUCUGGCCUCACGUGCACAACUGGGACAGUGAGGUGGUCCUCGGGCACCUCUUCCAGAAGCUGGCUACCCAGCUGGGGGUUUACAAGGCCUUUGUGGACAACUAUAAAAUUGCACUGGAGACAGCUGAAAAAUGUAGCCAAAAUAACAAACAGUUCCAGAAAAUAUCAGAGGAGCUGAAAGUGAAGGGGACCCACAGUUUUGUCACCAUGGAAGCGUUGCUGUAUAAACCUAUAAAUCGUGUUGCUCGAAGCACCAAUGUGUUACACGAUCUGCUGAAGCACACCCCCUUAGACCACCCCGACUACCCGCUGCUCCAGGACGCCCUUCGGAUUUCCCAGAAUUUCCUCUCCAGCAUCAAUGAGGACAUCGACCCCCGCAGGACGGCUGUCACCACGCCCAAAGGAGAGAGCCGUCAGCUGGUCAAAGAUGGCUUCUUGGUGGAGGUUGCCGAGGGUUCUCGCAAGCUGCGCCACGUUUUCCUCUUUACGGAUGUGCUGCUCUGCGCCAAGUUGAAGAAAACGGGAGUCGGAAAACACCAACAGUAUGAGUGCAAGUGGUACAUCCCUUUGGCCGAGCUGGUCUUCCCGUCGCUGGGAGAGUCAGACCUGUGUCCGCACGUCCAGGCCAUGCCUGACCACGACCUGGAAGACAUGAAAAUCAAGAUUUCCUCAAUGAAGAGCGAAGUGCAGAAGGAGAAGGCUAACAAAGGCCAGAGCCGAGCCAUGGAGCGCCUCAAGAAAAAGAUGUUUGACAACGAAUUCUGGCUGCUACUCAACAUACCGUCCAUCCCCUUGCGGAUCCACAACCGCAACGGCAAGAGCUACCUGUUCCUCCUGUCCUCGGACUACGAGCGGUCGGAGUGGAGGGAGGCAAUCCAGAAGCUGCAGAAGAAGGAUCUCCAGACCUUUGUGCUGAGUUCUGUGGAGCUGCAGUUUCUGAUGGGAUCCUGUUUCAAGCUACGGACCGUCCACAACAUCCCCCUCACCAGCAACCCGGACGAUGAUCAACCUCCAGGAAUGUGUGGUUUCUUGCAUGUGAUUGUCCACUCGGUCAAGGGCUUCAAGCAAUCUGCCAACCUCUACUGCACACUCGAAGUGGACUCCUUCGGGUACUUCGUUAGCAAAGCCAAAACACGAGUUUUCCGGGACACGACCGAGCCACAGUGGAACGAGGAAUUUGAGAUUGAGCUGGAGGGCUCCCAGUACCUGCGCAUCCUCUGCUACGAGAAAUGUUACGACAAGACCAAGCUGAACAAGGACAACAAUGAAAUUGUGGACAGGAUCGUGGGCAAGUGGCAAGUCCAGCUGGACCCCCAGACGGUGCAGACCAAGAACUGGCAUGUGGAUGUGAUCGAGAUGAAUGGGGUCAAAGUAGAAUUUUCUAUGAAAUUCACCAGCCGGGACAUGAGCCUCAAAAGAACCCCUUCCAAAAAGCAAACAGGGGUCUUUGGAGUCAAAAUCAGCGUGGUCACCAAGCGCGAGCGCUCCAAAAUACCAUACGUCGUGCGCCAGUGUGUGGAGGAGGUCGAGAAACGGGGCAUUGACGAAGUUGGCAUCUACCGGAUCUCAGGGGUGGCCACCGACAUCCAGGCCCUGAAAGCUGCCUUUGAUUCCAACAGCAAAGAUAUCCUGGUGAUGCUGAGCGACAUGGAUAUCAACGCCAUCGCAGGGACCCUGAAGCUGUACUUCCGCGAGCUUCCUGAACCCCUCCUUACAGACCGGCUUUAUACCACUUUUAUGCAAGGCAUCGCGCUUUCGGACCCCUCCGCCAAGGAAAACUGCAUGCUGCAUCUCCUGCGUUCCCUCCCAGAUCCCAAUCUCAUCACAUUUCUCUUUCUGCUAGAACACUUGAAACGGGUUGCUGAGAAGGAGCCUGUCAACAAAAUGUCCCUACACAACCUGGCUACUGUGUUUGGCCCGACGUUGUUGAGACCUUCUGAAGCGGAGGGCAAAGGGCACCUCAGCUUGGCGUCGGACAUCUGGUCCCACGAUGUUAUGGCCCAGGUCCAGGUGCUGCUGUACUAUUUGCAGCAUCCGCCCAUUUCCUUCGCCGAGCUCAAACACAACGCUCCCUACUUAUCCACGGAUGUGUAGCCUGCGCUCCGCAGCCGAACCGCCGCCUGCGUUUUCUAAGCAGAAGAGCACCGGGCAGACGCAGCCUCUGGACGCUGAACCUGCUGAGGGCUUUGGGCUCUUCUGGGGCAAAAUCUGCCUGCACACCCCCCGGACUGUUUUGUACAACUUUUUUCCUAUCCCCCGACUAGUCCAGCUCUUUUUCUGCACAGCAGCCCCACCGUUCUCCACGUUUACACGUGCAGGAGUCAUCCUUACGCACGUCCAUUGGGCCGCCGAAAGGAAGUGAGCGAUGGACAAAGAUUGGGGCCCAGCCUUGACUGGACUCCCAUGCUGGUCCAGAAAGUUGUCAUCUUCUGGGUUCCACAGAGUGCUAGAGCAGCCAAGUCCCUCCCGCCCCCACCUGUCUUGCUCCCCUGCGGUCUGCAGCCAUGCUUAUUCCUUUUGCUCCGUCCCUGGCAGUUGCAUGUAUGGUACGAGCUUGGAUUUUCCUUCUUCAGAAGCUUCAACACUCCCCUUCUCUCUUUUCACUUCUCCUUCCCCUUCCUCUCCGUUUUCUUGGCUGGCGGAUCCAGGGACUGAUCUCGGCGUUCCCUUCCUCCGUCAGGCCAAGUUGGAAGGAGUCGGGGGGUGCUCAAGGAGGCCUAGUCUGGCUCUGGUUUCUGUCCCGGGUUAUUUUUAUUUUGGGGUGCUUUGUCCUGCAGUCCUUACCUGUCGGCUUUGUCGCUGUGCAUGGCGCAGCUGGGACUCCACGCUUUACCCCCAACCUCAUACUGUAAGGUACUCUUAACGGCAGCAGAAUGAAGAGGUGGUGGCUUUGUUUCCUAGCCUUAGACAUGCUGGGUGUGGUGUGUGUGACGUGUGUGUGGGUGUGUGUGUGUG